GUUAAAGUGUGUAAGAACCAUCAUUAAAAGUAGGAUCUGAAAAGAGAAAGUUACAAAGAAGUCUGGGGCACUGAGCAGUAGCAUUGUCUCAAACACAGAUAUCAUCUUAAAGAUCAGAGGCAAGGCAAGAGUCUCAUUUUCUGUUGUUCUGUUUUGCACGGUGGUAUGGUGUAAAUGUGAAAAGUCUCCAAGAGGGAAUGCCAGUGCACACAUCCAUAUGAAGCAGUUUUCAUUGAGACGCAAUGGUGGACCAGCUUCAAGGAACAUGGAAAUCUGUUUCUUGUGAAAAUUUUGAAAACUACAUGAAGGAAUUGGGAGUGGGAAGAGCCAGCCGGAAACUGGGCUGUCUGGCAAAGCCCACUGUGACCAUCAGCACAGAUGGGGAUCUGAUCACCAUCAAAACCAAAAGCAUCUUUAAAAACAAGGAUAUUUCCUUCAAGCUGGGAGAGGAGUUUGAGGAAAUCACACCAGGUGGCCGAAAAAGCAAGGUGAGGCCUACAGCAGAUCUUCAGAGGCCUUGCAUAUAGAUGUUAAUUAGAGAUAUUGUGUUAGGAUGCAACAACCAACAUACAUUUCAAGAGUCUCACACACAGUUUUUCCUUUUAUCUCAUGCCUCCGAUUGAAAUGCAGCAUUUGUUUAUACUAUGAACUCCCCCUGCAUUUUAUUAAUUG